CAGCCUGUAUUAACCGCGAGUGAGAAUCAAGUUUGAUUGUUUUCGUCGAUUUUGGAAUUAAAGAGUAUGGCUGAAUCAAACGAGUGCUGAACAGGCAUGUGGACAGUGAAAAUUGGACUUUAAUGGCGGACAUAGUGGCCACCAGUUAGAGAAAACCUGGAAUUCGUGGAAAAAUCAUGGAAUUUGAUUGGCCAGGGAAAUUCUGAGAUACGCCAAGGAGUUUUUAUGAAAGUUAUUCCUAAUUGACGAAAUUUCAUGAAAUUCAUAUAAAAGAAUUCCACAAGAUUGCAAUCAAAUCUCCAAGAUUUCAAGAGCUGUUAUGAAAAAUUAAGGUAAAUCAUUCCGUUGAAGAUUAUGGACUUUUUCAAAUCACUGCGUCAACGUGCAUCGGAUUUUGCACAUGAAGUUGCAUCACCGCCAGAAAGAAAGGUCACAAGGGAUGACAUCGGGGUUCCCCCUGGUUCACCCACGAACUCGACAAAUGCAAGUGCGAAGGCGAGUACUAGCUCAAACAGUGGUUCGCCUACAGCGCGAUGUCAAAUCCCUUCGUCCUCUGGAAGAAAUGGUCAAUACUCAAAGCAAGGAACGCUGACUAUAGUACGCCGCAGCUCUGGAAAGACUAGAACGAGCGUUAGUGAGAGUUUCGAGAGUUCUACACUAGCAGAAAAUCCCGAAUCUUUCCUGCGAAGCCAUUCGGAUGAACUCGAUGAAGUUCUUGACAAUGUCGAUCUCACGACUGAAUCCCUGCCCGCCGUCGAUACUCCAGACGCUUGCGAUAAAGCUGCCCUCAGGUUACGUUGUCUCUUACGGCAAUUAAAGCGCGGCGAAAUUUCGGCUGAUCUUCUUCAACGAAAUCUGCAUUACGCAGCUCGUGUUCUCGAAACUGUCUUCAUCGAUGAAACCAAGGUGAGCUCAGGGGUUCAUGAGAGCUCGCGUUCGUCGCGUAGGGCGGCUGGUGUGACUUCGGCGACGUCAACGACAACCCCACCACCGGGCGGCUCCGACUCCGAUGGACCUGAAAACCAUGCGGUGGCGACCCAGAAGCGGAGGCUUCACACCCCCGUGUGGGCAAGAGAUGCUGAAAGUUCGGAGACAGCCGCCACUGGCCAUCUGGGUGUACGCCGUAGGCGAUUGGCCGAUGAAGACGAUGAAUUAUCGGAAGUUCAACCAGAUGCUGUGCCACCGGAAGUACGCGAAUGGCUGGCUUCGACUUUCACAAGACAGUUAGCCACUACUAGGCGCAAAGCAGACGAAAAACCAAAAUUUCGUUCUGUUGCUCACGCUAUCAGGGCUGGGAUCUUUGUCGACCGGAUAUACAGAAGAGUUACCAAUACAGCUCUUAUGAAAUUCCCAGUCGAAGUAGUAAAGGUUCUUAAGACUCUGGAUGACUGGUCUUUUGACGUAUUUUCUCUAAACGACGCUGCUCAAGGAGCACCUUUGAAGUACCUGGGCUACGACCUUUUGAAUCGUUAUGGAAUGAUCCACAAGUUUAAAGUGCCUCCAGCGAUUCUCGAAAGCUUUUUGGGUCGAGUUGAAGAAGGAUAUUGCAGAUAUAGAAACCCUUACCAUAAUAAUCUUCAUGCGGCUGAUGUAGCCCAAACAAUGCAUUACGUUUUAUGUCAAACAGGUUUGAUGAACUGGUUGACUGAUCUAGAGAUAUUUGCGACCCUGGUGGCUGCUCUAAUUCAUGAUUAUGAGCAUACAGGUACCACGAACAAUUUCCAUGUGAUGUCCGGAAGUGACACGGCGAUCCUAUACAACGAUCGUGCGGUUUUGGAAAAUCACCACAUUUCGGCGAGCUUCCGAAUACUCCGUGAAAAUGAUUGCAAUAUUCUACAAAACCUAUCUCGAGAUGAAUUUCGAGAGUUUAGAACAUUGAUUAUCGACAUGGUACUCGCAACCGACAUGAGCUUUCAUUUCCAACAACUAAAGAACAUGAAAAAUCUACUUAGUCUUGCAGAGUCGAGUAUCGACAAAAGCAAAGCUGUGAGUCUUGUUCUUCAUUGCUGUGACAUCUCACAUCCUGCCAAGAGAUGGGAACUUCACCACAGAUGGACGAUGGAGCUUUUGGAGGAAUUCUUCAGGCAAGGUGACAUGGAGAGAGAACUUGGUUUGCCGUUUUCUCCACUUUGCGACCGUAAUAACACUUUAGUGGCAGAGUCUCAAAUAGGCUUUAUAGAGUUUAUUGUUGAACCAAGUAUGCAAGUUUGCAGUGACAUGUUGGAGAAUAUUCUUGCCCCUUCGAACUCUAAGGAAAAUGUAGAUGAAUCUACAAAUGCUGGGACAGUAUCGCACGAAAAAAGAUUCCAUAUUCUGAAACCUUGGUCACAAUGUCUUGCUGAUAACAAGAGGAUAUGGAAGGAUCAAGCCGAAAAAGAUGCAAAAAUUCGAGCGCAAAAGGAACAACAAGAGCUAAAAUUCAGUGAAGAACGUGGAAAUGCAGGAAAUACUCAACCUUCCGCAGAAUAAUUCGUUUGGAUUUUAACAUAAUGUCAUUUUUGUAAAAACUCAACGUCCAUGAACAUGUAACACAGUACACUCCAAGUAUCUGCCCGAAUAACAGGGCUGUAGUUUAAUUUAAUUCCAAGAUACAGUAACUAAUAGCGCAUUUGUUUACCCUGCACUGGUGUACUCCAAGAGCACUCCGAUCGCUCCUUCUUUCUUCUUCCUUCUCACUCCGACCUGCUCCGGUGCAGAUCGGAGUGCGCGUAAAAUUCGUGUGGCACAGAUCGAAAACAUUCUAAGACGGCAGAUACCGAGAGUGUAUUCUCACAAUAGGUUAUUAAUUCUGAACGUACAAUAUGAUUUUUAAGUCCAUAAACUGCAAUACAUUGAUAAAAAUCAAAAGAAAACAUUAGGAUAGUAUAAAUAUACUUCCGAAAUGUGUCCUGAUUAAUUUUUGUAAGUUAUGAAUUUAAUUUUUAUUACGAUAAGGAUUUUAAGAGAUUGCCGUUUUAAUUAUAUUAUACGUUCAGUAUCUCUUUUCAACUAUAAUAUAUGAAUGGCACAAUAGAGAUACUUGAUUUUGUUAGCCUACUGAUUGAAGAGAGAAACAACAUUCAAGCAUGAAGAAAUUUAUUUUUAGAAUUGUAGAAGAGAAUGUAAAAAUAUUAGUGAAAAUUUAUAGUGAA